AUGUUCGGGUUACUUCCACCAAUAAGCUACUGGGGAUGGACCAGAUACUUCCUUCCGUUCGAUGAAACCACCAACGCCAUCAUCGUCAUGACUCUCGCCAUCUGUCUCGGGCUUUUACAAAGUCAUCCGGACGUGUUUUUACCUCCAACGUUACCUAUGGAACAUAAAAUUGAAUUAUAUUCGGACAGAGUCGUCACUCCGGACGGGGUUAUUCCCGCUUUAGUGACCGUGUAUCACGGGAGAAUACAGAGGAUCGCGAGGAUGGAGAAAAAACCGGUGCGACCAAAAACAACAACAACAACGGACGACGACGCCGACGGGAAGAAAAAACUAGUAGACCAAGGCGAGACUUUUUACGAUUUCACCGGUAAAGUCAUCAUGCCAGGACUUGUCGAUUUGCACGUGCACUUGAACGAACCAGGGAGAACAGAGUGGGAAGGCGUUCAAUCGGGGACGAGAUCUGCCGCCGUCGGCGGGGUAACGAUGGUUGUGGAUAUGCCGUUGAACUCGAUACCAUCGACGGUGGACGUGAAGUCGUUUGAAGCGAAAUUAAAAUCGAUUCGUAAACCGAGAGGGAGGAUGUUUGUAGACGUCGCGUUCUGGGGAGGCCUCGUGCCGCAAAACGCUCACAACGCGAGUAUUUUGGAGGACUUGUUAGCGCACGGUGUAGUCGGCUUGAAGGCGUUCAUGUCGCCCGCCGGAACGGAGGAUUUCGAUCAAAGUUCCGUAAAGGAUAUCAAGGCGGCGGCGGCGAGUUUGUCAAAAUUCAACGCUCCUUUGAUGGUACACGCAGAAUUACCGUCUGAAAACGAUGUCGUAUCCACGAAUGGUAAAGAUCCGAGGAAAUAUAGCACAUACAUGAACAGUAGACCGAGAAAAUGGGAAAAGGUUUGUUUCUUUUUUUACGCUGCUGUACAUCAUCAUUUCUUUGUGUUUGGUGCGCGAAUUUGCGCGCACGAACGAAAAGAAAGAAGAAGAAGAAAAAGAAACAGAAGAAGAAAACGGAUGAUGAAGAUCCAUUGGUGCUAA